AUGUCCGGGGCCGCAGCGGGCGGCAGAGGCGGAGGUUCCUGGGGUCCGGGGCGCGGAGGGGCUGGGGGUCUCCGGCGGGGCUGCUCUCCACCGGCGCCCGCUGGCUCCCCCCGGGCCGGGCUGCAGCCACUCAGGGCUACAGUCCCCUUCCAGCUGCAGCAGCCGCACCAGCGCCGGGACGGGGGUGGUCGUGCAGCCAGUGUCCCGUGUUCGGUGGCUCCAGAAAAGUCAGUGUGUAGGCCUCAGCCACCCCAGGUCCGACGUACAUUCUCCCUGGACACCGUCCUCAGUUCCUACCUUCUGGGCCAGUGGCCACGAGAUGCUGACGGGUCCUUCACCUGCUGUACCAAUGACAAGGCCACCCAGACACCCCUCUCCUGGCAAGAGCCAGAAAGUGAGCGGGCCACGUUCUGCAUGCACAAGCGCUCAGCAUCAUGGGGGAGCACAGACCACCGAAAGGAGAUCACCAAGUUGAAGCAACAGCUGCAGAGGACAAAGCUGAGCCGCAGUGGGAAGGAGAAGGAGCGGAGCUCCCCUGUCCAAGGGGACCAUGCUGUCCGCGGAGCAGUGAGGGCACCCCUUCCCAGCUUCCCGCCGGGAUCCCCUGUCCUGCGACUCAGCCCUUGUCUACACAGAAGCCUAGAAGGGCUCAACCAGGAGCUGGAAGAGGUGUUUGUGAAGGAGCCGGGCGACGAGGAGCUGCUGAGGAUUCUUGAGGUCCCUGAUGGGCACCGUGCCCCAGCUCCUCCACAGAAUAGCAGCUGUGACCACCCCCUCCUCCUCCUGGAGCCAGGCAACUUGACCAGCUCUCCUUCCAUGCCACUGGCAUCCCCCCAGGCCAGCCGAGAGGCGCACCGGGAUGCCACUGAGGAGCUGGCAUCCAUUCCCAGUAACAAAGCCUCCUCUCCAGGCCACCCAGCCUUCCCGGAAGAUGGCAGUCCAUCUCCGGUCCUUGCCUUCGCUGCCUCCCCUCGGCCCAAUCACAGCUAUGUCUUCAAACGGGAGCCCCCAGAAGGCUGUGAGAGAGUGCCUGUGUUUGAAGAGGCCACGUCCCCAGGUCCUGACUUGGCCUUCUCGACUUCCUGUCCUGACAAGAACAAAGUCCAUUUCAACCCGACUGGCUCUGCCUUCUGCCCUGUCAACUUGAUCAAGCCCCUCUUCCCCAACAUGGGCUUCAUCUUCCGUAACUGCCCCGCCAGCCCCAGCUCUCCUCUUCCCCCUGCCAGCCCCAGGGCACCACCUCGGAAGGAUCCAGAAGCUUCCAAGGCCUCCUCACUGCCCUUUGAGCCAUGGCAGCGCAGCCCACCAUCAGAAGAGUCUGUGCUUUUCCAGAGCUCCUUGGUGGUGUGAAUCACCCACCCACCCACACACACACACACUUUACCAUGGAGACUAGUGCCUUGGUGGCAAGCUUCUCAUUAGCUUCCGGAGCUGGGGGAUAGGGGAGCCCUUCCCUCUUGGCCUUUGAGCACUUUCAUUUAUUGUGUCAAAGCCCCAUGUCCUUUGGUGGACAUCAGCCCUCCAAAAGGGAGGGCUUACCUUUUCCACUAGUGGCUAGGCAGCUCACUACGCACACUGUGUACCUGCAGCUCCCCGCACUCGAUAGAAGGUUUUGAGUCUUCUAGUCUAGGGCGUGAGUUCAGAUGACUUACAGGAGGCUCUUGUGGUGGAACAAGUUGGCUGUGACUGAGAGAGGAGAUGCUACAGGCUUCCUCACAGCUCCACCUCUAGAGACACAGCGGAGCAGAGCAGAUGCCUCCCUCCCUGAGGAGCUGACCAGAAUGGUCCUCAGGGCCAGAACACUUGACCAAUCAGCUGUUGGCAGGGGACCAUGAGAUUUCCCAAGUGGCAUUUUCAUCUCACUUUUACCCUGACUAAAGAUUGUCUUAAACAGCAUCCCAGCCCAAAGUGGAUAGUGGGAAGAGGGAGAGCUGGCGUUCCUUCAGGGGGCAUGUAGCAGCUCCAUACCUUCCACCUGCCCCAGGGUUGGGUUGGGUUAGAAAAAUGCCUAUUUUUCUUGUAUUAAUGUAGAAACUCUAUUUUCUCCCAAAGACACUAUUUUUGCAGCUAUUUGAAGUUUGUAUAUUUUCCGUACUGCAAAGCUUACACAAAAUUGAAGAAUGUUAAUGUUCAAGUUUUCUUAUCUUGUGUUUAGAGGGUUUUUGUUGUUGUUGUUGUUUUUCAGAUCUUGAUGUUUAUAGAUCAAAUAAAUAAAUAUUCCAGCA